AUGAAAAUUAAAAUUCAUCCUUUUGAUUUUCUCCAAAAUGUCGUUUAUAAUGUUAAAAUAAAACCUUUAAAUAAACGUUUUGAAAAGCUUGGAGGACAAGAAUACGAGGAAAUUGUUGAAUAUUUUAAAAAUCCCGAUAAUUUUAUAAAAAAUGAGAAAAGAAAAUUGAGAGAAAAUUCUGUAGAAUUUUUAUAUAAAGAAUUUAAAGAAAUUAAAAAAAUAUUGGAAGUAGUUAUAUCUCCCUUUUUCUCGUCGUCAUACGCAAACGUAGGCAGGAUUUUUUUCACAAACGUCGUCACCAAAUGCAAGCGUAGACAAGACCUCUCCUCAAAUUACACGGUCAAUAAGACACAACUACUCCAUAGUCAGAGUCCAAAAGUUCAAGAAGUUUCAAAAGGGUUUAUGAGGUAA